CCGGUAAUUACAGUGAAACCAGUGAUCUGCUUCAGCCAUGUAAGUGCUGAACCUCUGCGCCCUCAAACGCUUCAAUAAUAUUGUCUGAAGGACACGGAGAGAUGUCCACCCCAGAACCUUCAUUAGGUCCUUCCCCAGGUCCCGGACCCUCUCCGGGGCCCAUGAUGGGGCCCGGACCCUCCCCUGGAUCUUCCCACAGCAUGAUGGGUCCAAGCCCUGGACCCUCCACAACAUCAGCUCAUCCUCUUCCUCAGCAAGGAGCAGCUGGAUACACCCAGCAGGACAGCAUACAUUCAAUACACAAACCUAUGGAGGGCCUGCAUGAGAAGAACAUGGGCGAAGAGGCACGUUUUGGCCAGAUGAAAGGGGUAUCUAUGAGAGGAGGAGGGCACCCUGGCAUGGGGCCACCACCAAGCCCCAUGGAUCAGCACUCCCAAGGCUACCCCUCUCCUUUGGGCUCCUCCGAUCACGUCUCCAGCCCUCUCCCAGCCGGCGCACCUCCUUCCUCUGCCCCUCUCCUCUCCACCACAUGUACUUCCUCCAGCCCUCUAGAGGGUGCCGACUCCCAGCAGGGCCGCUCCGGGACUCAGAGCAGUACCCCUGGCUCCUCCAGCACCCCGACACCCUUCAACCAAAACCAGCUGCACCAGCUCAGGGCUCAGAUCAUGGCCUACAAGAUGCUGGCUCGUGGUCAGCCUCUUCCCGACCACCUACAGAUGGCAGUGCAAGGGAAGAGGCCCAUGCCAGGCAUGCAGCAGGGUCAGACCAUGCCAAGUCUUCCCCCUGGUGGUGGAGGAGGAGGGCCUAGCAUGGGGCCAGGACCUCUGGGACCCAACUACAGUAGAGGGCAUGUGCUUGGUGGACCCAGCGUGCCACCGCCUGGACCAAAUGCUGUACCCCCUGCAAAUGGACCCCCGAAAACGUGGCCUGAGGGUCCUAUGGUAAAUGCAGCCACUCCUUCCAAUGCCCCUCAGAAACUGAUCCCCCCACAGCCCACUGGCCGACCAUCUCCGGUGCCACCCUCAGUGCCGCCCGCUGCCUCCCCUGUUAUGCCCCCGCAGACUCAGUCUCCUGUGCACCCUGGUCAUUCAGCCCAGGCCGUGCCUGCUAUCCCACUGCAUCAGAAACACAACCGCAUCACUCCCGUACAGAAGCCCUGUGGCCUGGACCCUGUGGAGAUCCUACAGGAGAGAGAGUACAGACUUGAAGCUCGUAUAACACAUCGAAUUCAGGAGCUGGAGAACUUGCCGGGAUCUUUAGCAGGAGACCUUCGAACCAAAGCUACUAUAGAACUCAAAGCCCUCCGACUACUCAACUUUCAGAGACAGCUACGUCAGGAGGUGGUGGUUUGUAUGCGGCGUGAUGCAGCUCUUGAGACGGGUCUGGAUGUGAAGGCCUAUAAGCGCAGUAAGAGACAGUCAUUAAGAGAGGCUCGCAUCACUGAGAAACUGGAGAAACAGCAAAAGAUCGAACAGGAGCGCAAACGCAGGCAAAAACAUCAGGAAUAUCUGAACAGCAUUCUGCAGCAUGCCAAGGACUUUAAAGAGUACCAUCGCUCAAUCACUGGAAAGAUGCAGAAGCUGACCAAAGCUGUAGCAACGUACCACGCUAACACUGAGCGAGAACAAAAAAAAGAGAAUGAACGUAUCGAGAAGGAAAGAAUGAGGAGACUGAUGGCUGAAGAUGAGGAAGGCUACAGGAAGUUAAUUGAUCAGAAGAAGGACAAGCGGCUGGCCUACCUCCUGCAGCAGACUGACGAGUACGUGGCCAAUCUAACCGAACUGGUCCGUGCACACAAAGCUGCACAGGCCCUCAAGGUGAAAAAGAAGAAGAAAAAGAAGAAGAAAUUGGAGAAUGCGGAGGGACAGCCGCUGGCACUUGGGCCCGACGGAGAGCCUCUUGACGAGACAAGUCAGAUGAGUGACCUGACGGUAAAGGUGAUCCAUGUGGACAGUGGAAAGAUCCUGAGUGGGGUGGAUGCUCCCAAAGCAGGACAGCUGGAGACCUGGCUGGAAAUGAACCCUGGAUAUGAGGUGGCUCCUAGAUCGGACAGUGAGGACUCAGGCUCUGAGGAGGAUAUGGAGGAGGAGGAAGAUCAACCACAGCCAUCAACAGCGUCUGUGGAUGAGAAGAAGAAGAUUUCCGAUCCAGACAGUGAGGAUGUAUCAGAGGUGGAUGCCCGUCACAUCAUCGAGCAUGCUAAGCAGGAUGUGGAUGAUGAGUACAUGGGGGCUGCAUUUGAACGUGGUCUUCAGUCGUACUACGCUGUUGCUCAUGCCGUCACGGAGAAGGUGGAUAAACAGUCGUCCCUGCUGAUCAACGGCCAGCUCAAACAAUAUCAGAUUAAGGGUUUGGAGUGGCUGGUAUCUCUGUACAACAAUAAUCUGAAUGGGAUUUUAGCUGAUGAGAUGGGAUUAGGAAAAACCAUUCAGACCAUUGCGCUCAUCACCUACCUCAUGGAGUACAAACGCCUUAAUGGACCUUAUCUGAUAAUCGUUCCUCUCUCAACUCUGUCUAACUGGGUGUACGAGUUUGAUAAAUGGGGCCCAUCUGUGGUGAAAGUCUCUUACAAGGGAUCUCCAGCAGCCAGACGAGCAUUUGUACCUCAGCUCCGUAGCGGCAAGUUCAACGUUCUGCUCACCACAUACGAGUACAUCAUUAAAGACAAGCAAGUGCUGGCCAAGAUUCGUUGGAAGUACAUGAUUGUGGACGAGGGCCACCGGAUGAAGAACCACCACUGUAAGCUGACCCAGGUGUUGAACACACACUACCUGGCACCACGACGGGUGCUGCUGACUGGUACCCCACUGCAGAACAAGCUGCCAGAGCUCUGGGCUCUGCUCAACUUUCUGCUGCCCACCAUCUUCAAGAGCUGCAUCACCUUCGAACAAUGGUUCAAUGCCCCCUUCGCCAUGACCGGGGAAAAGGUUGACCUAAAUGAGGAAGAGACCAUUCUGAUUAUUCGCCGCCUGCACAAAGUGCUCCGCCCCUUCCUGUUACGAAGACUCAAGAAGGAAGUAGAAGCCCAGCUACCUGAAAAGGUGGAGUAUGUAAUAAAGUGUGAUAUGUCAGCGCUGCAGCGGGUUCUCUACAGACACAUGCAAGCCAAAGGGGUUCUGCUCACCGAUGGAUCUGAGAAAGAUAAGAAGGGUAAAGGUGGCACUAAAACCCUGAUGAACACGAUCAUGCAGCUGAGGAAGAUCUGUAAUCAUCCCUACAUGUUCCAGCAGAUCGAGGAGUCAUUUUCGGAGCACUUGGGUUUCUCUGGUGGUAUAGUGCAAGGCCCUGACUUGUAUCGAGCAUCUGGAAAGUUUGAGGUGCUGGAUCGUAUUCUGCCCAAACUCCGAGCCACCAAUCACAAAGUGCUGCUCUUCUGCCAGAUGACAACACUGAUGACCAUCAUGGAGGAUUAUUUUGCUUACCGCAACUUUAAAUACCUCCGUCUGGACGGUACCACAAAAGCAGAGGACCGUGGCAUGCUGCUGAAGACCUUUAAUGAUCCAGAGUCACAGAAUUUCAUCUUUCUGCUCAGCACCAGGGCAGGGGGGCUUGGUCUUAACCUGCAGAGUGCCGACACUGUUGUCAUAUUUGACAGCGACUGGAACCCUCACCAGGACCUGCAGGCUCAGGAUCGGGCUCACCGGAUUGGGCAGCAGAACGAGGUGCGAGUAUUACGCUUGUGUACAGUAAAUAGUGUGGAGGAGAAAAUCCUUGCUGCUGCCAAGUACAAACUCAAUGUGGACCAGAAGGUCAUCCAGGCGGGCAUGUUUGACCAGAAAUCCUCCAGCCACGAGCGACGGGCAUUAUUGCAGGCCAUCCUGGAGCAUGAGGAACAGGACGAGGAGGAGGAUGAAGUUCCCGAUGAUGAGACGGUAAAUCAGAUGAUCGCAAGAAGUGAAGAGGAGUUUGAUCAGUUCAUGCGGAUGGAUCUAGACCGACGGCGUGAGGAGGCUCGGAACCCAAAGCGUAAGCCUCGUCUGAUGGAGGAGGAUGAGCUGCCGACCUGGAUCAUGAAGGACGAUGCCGAGGUGGAGCGACUCACCUGUGAGGAGGAGGCAGAGAAGAUGUUUGGCCGUGGCUCACGGCAGAGGAAGGAGGUCGACUACAGCGACUCACUCACUGAGAAACAAUGGCUCAAGGCUAUAGAAGAGGGAACUCUGGACGAGAUUGAGGAGGAAGUGCGACACAAGAAAACAACCCGCAAAAGAAAGCGUGAUCGAGACUUAGAUGCUGGUCCAUCCAAAUCUGCAACUCGCUUUGCAAGGGAUAAAGACGAGGACAUCAAAAGACAGAAGAAGCGUGGACGCCCCCCAGCUGAGAAGAUUACCCCGAACCCACCCAGCCUCACUAAGAAGAUGAAGAAGAUUGUGGAAGCUGUUAUCAAAUACAGAGAGAGCAGUAAUGGGCGCCAGCUGAGCGAGGUCUUCAUCCAGUUGCCGUCUCGAAAAGAGCUGCCUGAGUACUAUGAGCUGAUCCGCAGACCUGUCGAUUUUCGAAAGAUCAAGGAGCGAAUCCGUAGCCAUCGUUACCGCAGCCUGAAUGACCUGGAGAGAGACGUGAUGCUGCUGUGUCAGAAUGCUCAGACCUUUAACCUGGAGGGUUCUCUGAUCUAUGAGGACUCUAUCGUGCUACAGUCUGUGUUUACUAGCCUGAGGCAGAAGAUUGAAAAGGAAGAAGAGAGUGAUGGAGAGGAUAGUGAAGAAGAGGAGGAGGAACUGGAUGAAGGUUCUGAAUCUGAGACACGUUCAGUAAAGGUGAAGAUUAAACUGGGGAAGAAAGAGCGCAGUGCUGAGAGGUGUAAGGGCAAGAAAAGGGGAGGAAGAAACAGAGCCAAACCUGUCGUCAGUGAUGAUGAUACAGAGGAAGAACAGGAAGAGGAGCGCUCAAACACUGCCAGUGAUGAAGAACAAGGAUGAAGAUACUGACCCAUAAAAAGCACACAUUACAAGCCUUAACAGACUGAGUGGAUAAACAUGGUGUUUUACAACAAAGAAGGCUGGAAAAAUAACGUACUGUGUUACAUUAUCUAAUUUCAUU